UUCCGUAGAACUUGCCUACAUUUUUCUUGUAGGGAAUGGAUUGGAAACACUGCCAUACGGUUUCGCUCCGAAAAUAAAUUUCAACGAAAUGGCCGAGGAAACUUCUCGACGAUCGAUAGGUUUGGCUUUGCCUCCCGGAAGUUCCAACGUCAGGAACGUGUGACAUCACUAUUUCCUCUGACGUCACGAUGCAAGCAAAAUGGCGGACGUCGUGGAUAAUAUGUACCGUAACGUCUUAAGAAUUUGUAGACGAGCAUCAUGAAGUAGCUGCUAUUUUGGUCGUGGAGACCAAUGCCUUCAAAUGGUGGACAGUAUGGUCGUAGAGAAUGGUGUCCAGCGACUGUUUGUGAUCGGAAACGAGGAUGGACUUUACGACAACAUCGACAGCCCUGCGUUUCUUGGUGAUGAAGAUCCAAACAUUUUCUUUCAUCGGGUUGACUCCGAUCAGAUUAUUUAUCAACCUCGAAGGAAGAGAGCUAAGUUUAUAGGAAAGUAUUUAAUGGGAGAUGCUCUUGGUGAGGGAUCUUACGGCAAGGUGAAGGAAAUGCUCGACAGUGAAAAUCUUCGACGUUGUGCAGUGAAAAUCAUGAAGCGACGAAAACUAAGAAGAAUUCCAAAUGGAGAACAAAAUGUUCAAAGAGAAAUUCAGUUGCUGAAACGGCUAUGCCACCCAAAUGUCAUUAAACUGUAUGAUGUGAUUUACGACGAACAAAAGCAAAAAAUGUAUAUGAUUAUGGAAUAUUGUGUGGGAGAACUACAAGAGAUGUUGGAAAGCAUUGAAGAACAUAAGUUUCCCAUUUGGCAGGCCCAUGGGUAUUUCACUCAAUUGUUGAAUGGUCUUGAGUAUUUACACAGUCAAAGAAUUAUCCAUAAAGAUAUCAAGCCAGGUAAUUUACUUUUAGCAACUGAUGGGACAUUAAAGAUAUCAGACUUUGGAGUUGCAGAGAGGUUGAGUCCAUUUGCAGUUGAUGACACUUGCAGGACAAGUCAGGGAUCUCCAGCUUUUCAGCCACCAGAGAUUGCCAAUGGAUUGGAGACAUUCUCUGGGUUUAAAGUUGAUAUAUGGGCAGCUGGAGUAACACUGUUCAACAUUACCACUGGAAAAUACCCAUUUGAAGGGGAAAAUAUUUAUAAAUUGUUUGAAAAUAUUGGUAAAGGAGAAUUUACAGUCCCUGAAGAAGUGGAUGAUUUGUUAGCUGAUCUUCUAAGAGGGAUGCUGAAUGCAAAUCCUCGGAACAGAUUUACCAUUCAGCAGAUACGACAACACAGAUGGGUCUGCAAAAAUCACUGGAAAACAAAGCACAGAGUUGCCAUCCCACCAAUUGUGGAAGGUGACAUGUUACGCAGCAUGAGUGUUGUUCCCUAUCUAGAUGAUCUGCACAAUCCAACUCUGGAUGAGGAAGAUCAUCAAGCACACAGUCAAUUUGAUGAAUCUUACUCUGCAGAUGACUCAUUAGAUAGUGUCAAAUCACCCACCACUCCAAGCAAAAGAAAAUCCAUCCUGAAAAGACCAAGUCUUGGAUCAUGCAAAGCGCAGUAAAACAUACAUAAAUCUUUUACACAUGGAUGAUAAUUCAGUCCUUCAAGUUAUGAAUCAUAUUAAUAAUUAAUUUUACUGCAUUUAUUUCACUUGGAAGACUUGUGAUUCUCUGAAAGUGGUUUGAUGUAAACCAUUUAAAACAUUUUCUUGCGUUUUUUGAAUUGUACAUAAUCAACAUUGUUACAAUAAUUGGCCAUAAGGCAGCAUGGAUUUUUGUACAUUUACAUUUGAAGCAUCUUUCAAUUUCUGCAGUCUGGUGAAGGUGAAGUCUAACAGCUUGUGUGAUUAAAUAAAAAAAUAGUGUAUUGAUACA